GUGGAUUUCGGGCUAACUUACUGAUCGUUGCCAGACACCGCGGGGCUCUGCGUGGCCUGGGUCCGGGCGCGGGCCGCAGCCCCCGAGCCGGUGCGCGCGGCGGGUCUUCGCCAGUUCCCCGCGCGGCUGGAGCGCAGAGCGCCGCCCCGGGCCGCCGGAAUCCGGGUGGUUUAGGACCCGGGGCGGCGUCCCGGCGCGAUUGUGGAACCCGGUGGAGGCUGCGGGAGCGCGGGCUGUGACAUACAGGCUUCACGGCGCGGCCCCGCCUGCUGCUCCGGUCCCCUCCGCGCCCACCGACUCGCGCCGGGAUGACGGGCUCACUGUUCAAGGGCAACUUUUGGAGUUCGGACAUCCUCAGCACCAUUGGCUAUGACAAUAUCAUCCAGCAUCUGAACAAUGGCCGCAAGAACUGCAAAGAGUUCGAAGACUUUUUAAAGGAAAGGGCAGCAAUUGAAGAGAAAUACGGCAAAGAUCUGCUCAGCCUCUCCAGGAAAAAGCCAUGUGGACAGUCUGAGAUCAACACUCUGAAGCGGGCCCUUGAAGUCUUCAAGCAGCAAGUAGACAAUGUGGCACAAUGUCACAUUCAGCUUGCACAGACUCUAAGAGAAGAGGCCAGGAAGAUGGAAGAAUUCAGAGAAAAGCAAAAGCUACAACGGAAAAAGACAGAGCUUGUCAUGGAUGCUGUCCAUAAACAAAAGAGCUUACAAUUCAAGAAAACCAUGGAUGCAAAGAAGAUCUAUGAGCAGAAAUGCCGGGACAAAGAUGAGGCAGAACAGGCAGUCAACCGGAGUGCCAACCUGGUCAACCCGAAGCAACAAGAAAAGCUUUUUGUUAAACUGGCAACAUCAAAGACUGCAGUAGAGGACUCGGACAAAGCGUACCUGCAGCACGUCAACGCGCUGGAAAAAGUCCGAGAAGAGUGGCAGAGCGAGCACAUCAAGGCCUGCGAGGUAUUUGAGGCUCAAGAAUGUGAACGAAUAAACUUCUUCCGGAAUGCAUUGUGGUUACAUGUGAAUCAGCUGUCACAACAAUGUGUCACAAGUGAUGAGGUGUAUGAAAAAGUCCGUAAGAGUUUAGAAAUGUGCAGCAUUGAGAAGGACAUUGAAUACUUUGUGAAUCAACGCAAAACUGGACAGACUCCACCAGCACCCAUCAUGUAUGAGAAUUUCUACUGCCCCCAGAGGAAUGCAGUCCCACCAGGAAAGGCUUCAGGGCCUAACUUGGCAAGGAGAGGACCUCUCCCAAUUCCUAAAAGUUUACCAGAGGACCCUGAUUAUUCUACGAUUGGUGACUACAGUUUGCUCUAUCAGUAACAUCAAGGAAAGCAAAGCUUUUUCCGGCUAAUGCUUCUAUGUCAUGGAAAGAGGCACCCAGAGCAGCAGAACCUAUACCCAAAUUAUAUCAACUAUGAAGACUUUGAAGUGAACCCUUGCUGUAAUUUUUUGAUACUUUAAAUUUAUGGUAGACAUUUAGUACAACUUAAGCUAGUAGAGUUCUGCAGUUUUUUGACAAAGUUUACAAAUUGCCCCAGAUUGAAGAAUUAUUCCUUCCCCGUCAGUCACUAAAGUUGUGAAUGAAUUGUGUUUUCUACUUGGGAAGCAGGCAAGUUUCUGGAUUUGGAGUGUUGACUCUUGAUGGAGCAGAGGUGGCUACAGAGGAGUCUGAGCCACCAACUACAGAGGAAGCUCCUUUGGCUCUGAGUAGCAUGGCUAUGGAAUUUCCACAGUGACACACACUCUCGAUGGUGCAAGAUUUAAAAUUACCUUCCUUUUUGGCUGGAAGACUUAGAAGCCAUAUGAUUGUACUUUCCCAUUUUACAGAUGAGGAAACAAAGCCUAGAAGUGUGAAAUCAGUUUCCUUACUGUCCUCCCAGCUAAUUAAGGACAGAACCAGAGCUCAUCCCACAUCAGUAUUCUAACCCUUCCCGAGCCCAUGCUGAAAUUUAAGAUGCCAAAUAUUUUUGCCAGCACUUUUCUAUUGGGAAAAUUACCAGGAUUUGAAUGUCAGAUUUAUUUUUAUGUGGGUCACUUUGUGCACUAAACUACAGAGCACCAUAUUUAAUCUAAUUUAAGAAGCCAUUGAUCAUAAAACAUGCCAUUAGUUUAUGUUGCACUGAGAAGGUGGGGUAGGAGAGUUGCCAAUGAACUUGUGACAGGCCAUUGAUGGCCAAGCGCAUUUGAAUUUGAGAUGCUAAAGUGUGAAAAAAAAGUACUUCCCAGAAUCAAUGAAAUAUGGUAUUUUGAUUCUCUUCCUCAAGAGAAUUCUAGAGUUACAAAGCCAAUCUUCAAUCCUGGGUCUUCAACAGAGAACCUUUGCCUUAAUAGACCCUGGAAUUUUUAAAGUGUUCAUCUUACCCUUACACAAAUAUUUUGGUCUUUCUUUGUCAUGCACAAAAAGCAGGGAGAGUAUGUACCUUUUGCACAACAUUUGUACACUGUGAGAAAAUGGUACAUUUUAGUUAAGGUCAAGUUAAAAUCUUAUUCGGUAUGUUGGAAAAUUCUGUCACCCCAAAGAGCAAAUAUUUUCUUCCUCCUGCUCUGUCCAAUAGCUUUCCCAGAACUGCAGACAAAUUGAUUGAAAGAAGAUUGAUUAUUUCCUCGCCUUUAAUGUAAGGUGCUACUGAAUGCAGCAGCUUCUUAUGGCAGGAAAUUUGCAUCAGUUGGAUAUCCUUUUGAGAAACUGAAGUUUGCAAAGGGUCAAACUUCCCCAAACUGGACAGGCUCAGGAAAUUUUCCUUCACACUCAGAACAUUCUAUUUUUAAGUAUAUUAUUUAUUGUUGGCAAUUCCUCAGGGAUUUCACUUUUCUAUCUGUCAGUGUAAUUGAUGUAAAAGUGUUUAAUUAAUGGAAAAUAAUAUUUUUAUUUUAUUGCUCUUCCAGUUUGAUAUGAAGUAAAAUAAAGGUUCUUGGUGAUUUGG